ACCAUGGGGCAGUGCAGACGCAGCGAAAGGGAGAAGCUGAGCACUUCUCCACAUUAACCGGCGGUGAAAACAGGAGCAGAGGCUGCAUUAGGGCGCUCAGUGAGGGGCUCCAGAUACUAGGGGCUGGAGAGCUGGAGCGCUCAUUGACCCUGGUGGCCAAGGGCUUCUGCUUUGUCACUGUUCACCGGGAGUGGCUCCCUUGGCCUGAACCCCAGCUUGCUGAUAAGAGCUGGCUCUGCCCGCUGGUCCUCAGGCAGGGCCCCUCCCGAGUGCAGACUGCUUGGAGAAGGCGCAGCGCUGAUAUGGCCGCGGGGGCGCCCGGCCAGCUGCUGCGCGACGAGGCACGGUGCCCCGUGUGCCUGGACUUCCUACAGGAGCCGGUCAGCGUGGACUGCGGCCACAGCUUCUGCCUGCGCUGCAUCUCCGAAUUCUGCGACAAGUCCGACAGCGCGCAGGGCGGCCUCUACGCGUGUCCGCAGUGCCGUGGGCCCUUCGCUCGGGAGGGCUUCCGGCCCAACCGGCAGCUGGCCAGCCUGGUGGACGGCGUGCGGCAGCUGGGGCUGGGCGCGGGGCCGGCGGGGGCGCAGUGCGCGCGCCACGGCCAGGAACUGAGCCGUUUCUGUGAGGACGACCAGGUGGCGCUGUGCUGGAUGUGCGACACCGAGCCGGAGCACAGGGGCCACCGCACGGCGCCGCUGCAGGAGGCCGCCCGGCACCACCAGGCAAAGCUCCAGAUGGCCCUGGAACUGGUGAGGAAAGAGAUGCAGGAGGCUUUCACACAGGAGGCUAGUGUGGUGAAGAAAACUGUCAUUUGGAAGGAGAAAGUGGAAACGCAAAGGCAGCGCUUCCGGAUGGAGUUUGAGAAGCACCGAGGCUUCCUGGCCCAGGAGGAGCAGCUGCAGCUGCGGCGGCUGGAGCAGGAGGAGCGGGCCACCCUGCAGAUACUGCGGGACAGUAAGAGCCGGCUGGCCCAGCACAGCAGAGCCCUGCGGGAGCUCGCCGACGAGCUGGAGGACAGGUGCCAGCGCCCGGCCCUGGGUCUGCUGGAGGGUGUGAGAGGAGUCUUGAGCCGAAGUAAGAGUGUCACGCGGCUGGAACUGGAAACCAUCCCCAUGGAGCUGAAGACAAUGUGUCGCAUCCCUGGGAUGAGAGAAAUGUUGAGGAAGUUCCAAGUUGACGUGAAGCUGGACCCUGCAACAGCGCAUCCCAGCCUCCUCUUGACCACUGACCUGCGCAGUGUGCAGGACGGAGAACUGUGGAGAGAUGUCCCCAGCAACCCUGAGCGAUUUGACACAUGGCCCUGUAUCCUGGGUUUGCAGAACUUCUCAUCAGGGAGGCAUUAUUGGGAGGUCAUAGUCGGGGAAAGAGCAGAGUGGGGGCUAGGAGUUUGUCAAGACACAGUGCCAAGGAAGGGGGAGACCACACCGUCUCCCGAGAACGGAGUCUGGGCCUUGUGGCUGCUGAAGGGGAACGAGUACAUGGUCCUUGCCUCCCCGUCAGUACCUCUGCUCCACCUGGAACGGCCUCGUCGCGUUGGGAUUUUCUUGGACUACGAAGCAGGUGAAAUCUCCUUUUACGACAUUACAAAUGGAUCUUACAUCUACACAUUCAGCCAACUGUUCACUGGUCUUCUCCGGCCUUACUUUUUCAUCUGUGACACGACUCCUCUUGUCUUGCCACCUAUGACAGAAGCAGAGUCAGGAGACUGGGCACCCAGAGAUCAUCCUGACCCUGCGUGCAACCUUAGAGAUGACCAUUCCUAAGAUUCUGUUCCCGAGAAAUGCUCCAAGUGUAGCAGCAUUUACUGGAGUGGAGUGGCGGAUAUACCAAUGCGAAGCCUCCACAUAUGUCCCCAUGGAGGUCAGCACUUUAGUCACUGUUGCUAUGGAAAUUUCCCAUGGGGUCAAAAGCCAAAAUAUGAAGCAUUUGCACGUGGAGGUGCAUUGUGCAGUAUAAUGAUACUAGAAAUGGAACAUGUCAUCACUCCUUAUCCAGAUGGCUCCACACACUUUCUUGAUGAGUGUCUUCAAAUGAAUGGAUCUUGUAUUAAAGAUACCUACACAGUCAUUAUAAUUUCUUAUUCCUUUUAAUAUCCUUUCAUCCCAAGUCUUCCACAUAUUAACAAUUAGAAAUGGCAAUUAAUAAAUUGAUUGAGAACUGUCCAGUGUCAUUCUAGCAUCAGAUCCAUAAUUAUGUUUCUACUCUUCACUUUUCUUCUCCUCUCUCAUUCCCUCUUUCCUCUCUCUCUCGUCUCUUUUCCCCGAUGUCUUCUAUUUGCCUCCCUCUCUUUCUCUUUCUUGCUCCUUACCUUUUGUUUGCAUUACACUUUUUGUUGUUUCACCUUCCAUUUCUUUCUAGAUUCAGACUCAUUCUUAUAUACAUUCACAAUGGCUGUGACUGUAUUCAAUUACUAUUUACAUCCUCUAUUCUUGGAAUUAUUUUUGAGGAUUAUGAAAUUCAUCCCUCUGAACCUAGUAACGCUGAAACCCACACCAAUCCCUUCUGGGACUGCAACUUUUUCCUUUCUCUUUGGAAAUAUGUUUUAGAGUAGAAAUUUCUCAGAAUUCUAACACAGCUAGUUCUUUCACCUCAUCCUUUACUAGUUAUAAGAGCUCAAACAUAACACCUACCCGCCCCCAGUCUCAGCUACUUAAUACAGUUCUAUAUGCAGAAUAAUGAUAUUGACAACACAAUGUUAUGGUAAAUAUUUAAGGUCAUAAUUGAUAUGAUUGAUUCAAACUCAACUUUGCUACUUAAAUUCAAUAUAAAAAUGAUGAUGAUGAAGAAACAAUAAUAAUGUUUCACUAAUUUUUAAAGUAUAUUCUAUACUUUCCCAACAAAAUUCUUGUCUUUGAAGGCUAACUUUGCCACCCUCUUUCUGCGUAUCUCUAUCUAACAAAUAAUUGUUAACCAUGUGCUAAAAUACUUAAAUGCUAAAUGUUUAAAUGCUAAACAAUUAUUAUUAAUGGCAAAUUUAGUUAACAUCGUGCUAAUAAUAAUCUGCCAAAAUUUUAAUUCUCUUCUUUAACUCCACCUGGAAUUUUAUGGUGUUUUUCUCUUCCAGGGAGAUUUUUUUUUUUUUUUAACUAAAAUCUUUCACUUACUUUCCAGUAACAUUUUUGACACACUUUUCUUUCUAGGUUUUUAAACAUUAUUUUCUAGACUUUUGCACUUGCAGGAGCAAUAUGGAAUAUAAUAACUGUAGAAAUGGAACAGUCUCAUCAAACUCUAUUACCACAUGGGUCUACAUACCUUACUGAUGAAUCCUGUAUUAAGCUAAAAUUUCUUCGUUCAUGUUUGAUACACUUAUGCUUGAUCCUAAGCAAACAUUCCCCCCUCCAUCUCUCAUUUGCAAAUAGAGGUAAUAAUACCAUCUGUCUUGUUGAUAUUUUCAGACGGUGCUUGUCCUAGGCCUCUCCCAGGCCUGAUCUGGGGGGAAAGGCACGUGCUCUGGGUCUAGCCCACCCGCUCCAUCCCCAGGGGUUGACACUUGCGUUCUGAGUCACGGCAAGGCCAGUGCUCAGUGACGGGCGUCGUGACAGAGAACAUGUACUCAGAGCAGUAGAGCCCAUUCCUUAUGGGGAUGGAGAGGCACAGAAUCACUGGUCUGAGAUCCUAUUUCCCAGGGGCUCCACACAUUCAUCAGAACAGGGAGGCCUAAUGGGCAGAGAGGGCACCACCAGCAGAGCCCUUCUGCCCAAUUCAAGGGGUCAACAUGGAGUCCCGGAAAUGCCACCCCAACCUCUGAAACCAGCAUCUUGGUCUCUGCUGUCUCUCUGGAAUCCUGCCAUCUCCUGGUGUUUUCUCAUGAGUCAUUUUAGUUGUAAACCAACUUAAGUCUUUCUCCAUCCCUUGUAUUCAGAGAUUCACCAAGUUUCGUGUAUCUCCUGUUAUGACCCUUCUCUUUCCCUUCCCAGUUCCUAGAAGGUCUCUACUGUUCUGCCUGGAACCCUGGUUCAUUACCAGUAAAAUCCUCUAAAUCCAUAUUGAUUUCUUCCUUUUAGUUUCUUCUCCAUCUUUUCUCCUGGAUGCCAGACUUCUGUAUUCAACUGUCUACUUGCCAUCAAAACACACAUUUUAAACUUAACAUACCUAAAACUUUACACAUACACAUGUUACUUCAUCUCAGUGGAUGGCAAUUCUGUUCUCUCAAUUGCUCAGGCCAAAAAUCUGGUUGACUCCACUCUUGAUUUCCCUGGCCCACACUCAGUCCCUCAACACAGCCUGUUGGCUGUCCCCUCACAACAUCACCAGAGUGCCACCGGCCCAACCGCACAGCUGAGCUCCCAUCCUUUCCCUCCGGGUUACUACAGUAGUUUGCUAACUUUAACCCUGGCUGUGCUUCAUACCCCCACGUCCAUUCUCAAUGCAGCUGGGCUAAGCCUUUCAGCGCCCAACAUAGUAUAAUAGUGCCAUCACAAUGACCUCGCAUUGAACUCACAGGUAAAGCCAGAAUCUUUGCAGUGAAGCUGCAGGCCCUGGGGGACCUGCACUAGUCCCUCCUCUGAGUCUGUCUCCCUCCCCUUACUUCCAAUGCCCAGUCCUGCGGCACGUACCCUCGGCUCCGGGCUGACUACCUCCCACCACCAGACCUUUCUCCCAACUAUGCCUUCUACCUGUGCUUCCCUUUCCCCAGAUGUCUCCUUUACUCAUUCCCUUU